AUGAAUGACAAUAUUUGUUGUGGAGAAAUUCCUGAGAGCUCCACCCAGCUAUCUACUAAAGAUCAAUUAAUCCACGAAGUUCCUUUGUGUCAAACCGAUAAGGCUACUCAAAACGAGGCUGCUGCUCACGAAGAUGGUGUAUCUACAAGUAAGAAAGAUGAAAUUAAUCGUCAGCCUCUUACUCAUGCUUUAGAAGUGCUUCUUGGUGGGCUUGGGAUACCAUCUCUUGUGCCGGAAGAGGCUGAGAAUAGUCCUAUGGAGGCAGUAGUUCACGGAAACAAUCCAUCUACCAACAUUAAAGAAUUUAACCAGACUAACCCUGAAAAGAAUGCACAAAAUAUGGCAUCGGCUGUGUCUGAAACAAUCUCGGUAUGCCAGGAAAAUACCUCUACUGGUAUAAUUGAGAUUCUUCCUGCGAACAAUACGUUAAAGCCUAGAGUCCAGCUGAAUUUCACGGAAUCUAUAGACAGCGCACCUUCAACGGGUAACGAGACCCAAAAUUCUACUGCACUGCCUGUCUCCGAGGAAUCCAUAGAGAAACCAAAUAUACCUGGUCUUUUCCUUUGUGGCAGCAAUUUUGCAAGUGGUAAAGCACCUUGUCAAGAAAAUUUGCUUUCUGAGGCUUGUGUUAAAGAUAACAUAUCCAAUCCACCGAAAUUAGAUGACUUUCUGGCAUUAAGCUUGCCAAAUCCCCAUUUCAUCGAAACUUCCGUCAGGCCUGCUUCGUCUGAAGAGCAGAUACAAGAGCAGCAUCCAGAAUAUGAGGCUGACUCCUCUCCAAUUGUAUCCUCUUCAGAGGACUCAUCCAGCGAAAGUGAUUCAUCAGAAGAGAGCGAAGACGAAGCUGAUUCUUACAAACUACUUAGUCCCGAAGAACAAGCCAGAAUACUCAUGGCUGGAGAUGGAGGCUCAGAUGAUGAAGGCGGCGAUAAAUCUAAAUCAUCAGGAGGUCAACUGAGAACAAAGAAUGAAAUUCCAGAAGUAGUAAUACCAAGGCCAGACGUUGUCAUUACUCAGGAUAUGCCAAUCAUUGAACUAGGUGUCGUAGAGCAAAUAAUUGAUAAUGUUCUACUUAUUAAGGCAAACACUUCUGGGGAAUACAGGGUGCUCGAAAGCGGGUCCAUCUUGUGCUUACUUGACCGAAGAGUUUUUGGUGUAGUAGCUGAAACUAUAGGAAGAGUGGAACAACCAUUUUAUUCGGUAUUAUUUACGAACUCCGUGGAAAUACUUGCCCUAGGCAUAUCAAUGGGGAUUAAAGUCUUUUAUUCCGAAAGGCACUCGACAUAUGUAUUCACGAAGAGUUUAAAGGUUUUUAAAGGAUCAGAUGCGUCAAAUAUGAACGAUGAAGAAGUUGGAGAAGACGAGGUAGAGUUUUCUGAUGAUGAAAUGGAGGCAGAACACAAAAGGAGAGUCAAACAAAAGAGAAUGGGAAAAAGAGAAGGAAAAUUCCAAACCAAAGCUGGACCCAAUUGUAAUCCUCAUUCUCUACAGCAAAUGAGUUCUGUAAGCGAAAAAAAUUCUGUUCAAAGUAUUAGCUAUGACGAAGAUGAACCAUACAAACCUCUGACACGUCCGAUUGGAUAUGCAGAGCAUGUGAGCCAAAAUGAGGCUCCUUUAGAUAAUGCUUACACUGGAGAUAAUGAAAGACAAUACUCAAAGGGACAGCCCAAAAGUCGAAGUAGAGGUGAGCGACGCAAGGCGAGGGGCGAUAACGGACGUACUCGUGGCGACCGGAAUUCUCGUACCUCAAAAGCUCCUUUACCCACAAAGGAACCAUAUCAACAAAGUUACGGACAAACUCCAGCUCCAAGGCCUCAGACAUCAUCUCUACCCCAUUCGCAUGAUGAUAAUAUUGUUAUGCAAAAUAUUACGCCACAAUAUCCCUUCUAUCCUCUUCCCCAAAGUACAUCGAGCUCAGUACAACCUCAGGAAAACUUGAGUCACCAGAUUGCCUCGCAACCCCAUAUGCAGCCCCAUUUACAAUCUCAUCCACAAGCUCACAUGCAGCCUCAUCUACAACCUCAUUUACAACUAUGGUCUCAAAUAUUUUCUCAACAAGGGUCACAGCAACCCCCACAAAAUACGAAUCAGAAUUGGACCAAUCUUAUACAGUCUUUGCCUACCGGUGGGUAUAUUAAUCCCGCUUUUUUUAACACACAAAAUGGGCUAUCUCAGCCUUGGAAACCACCAAAUCACCAAAAUCCAUCAAAUAGUCAAGGUAACUAG